AUGUCCGCGAAGAAGGAGUUCACCAUGCAGGAUGUUGCUGAGCACAACACCUCCAGCGACAUCUACAUGGUUGUUCACGACAAGGUCUACGACUGCACCAAGUUCCUCGACGAGCACCCCGGUGGUGAGGAGGUCAUGCUCGACGUUGCCGGUCAGGAUGCCACCGAGGCUUUCGAGGAUGUUGGCCACAGUGAUGAGGCCAGAGAGGUUCUCGACGGUCUCCUCGUUGGCGAGCUCAAGCGUCUGCCUGGUGACGAGGGCCCCAAGCGCCAAAUCGCCAACUCGAACCAGGGAAGCGGCAAGGCUGAUCCCGCCGGCUCCAGCUUGAACACAUACGCCAUUGUUGUCGCCGUUGGUUUCAUCGCCUACGUUGCCUACAACUAUCUCCAGAAGCAGCAAGAGGCUCAAGGCCAAGCCUCCGCAUAG